GAAUAUGUGUACAGUCACAGCGUUUGUUUUGCACCUCAUGUUUGACAAGGGAGGACCUUUAGGCCAGCUUCUCACAAUAUCUUGCAACACAGAGAGAGAAGAUCCAAAGUGUCUUUUUAUUCACUCUGGUUAAUAAGUAAAGGUCUCUGAUAUAGGCCUCAAACUGUUAAUGUUCAUAAAUACAUAGAUUUAAUUAAUCUCAUUAGGGCUUUAAAUAUAUUCCUCUUGUUAGACCAAAGUUUAUAAUUCCACAUGACAAAUACAAGUAUCCUAUCCUCCCAUUUCACCAGAUAAUGGUUAGUAUUCCUUCACUAUUUAGGAUGACACAUUUAUGUUUUAUUGAUUGUUUGUCAUGCUUCACAUUACAGGUCUACUCCUCAUGACUCCGAGGCAAACAGAAGAGUUCCCCAAAUGACAAACUAAAAGUCAUCAAUAAAACUCAAAGAAACGCUCUCCAACUCCCAGCCUAUGCCUGUCGGCCUCAGUGCAGAAUGUCUAAAUGGCUGAAUGAUAGUGAAGUGCUGGUGGGUCAGGGCAGUGGGGAGGCAGUACUUGUGAGCCCCCGACCCCGGGGCCUCCCGUCUGGGAGCCCCAGGCCGGGCCGGCGGGCACGCAGUCCGCUGGCCUCACCCCGGGCCAGAAAAGCGGCGCCGUUAAGCCCCCUGGCAGAGACCAUGGGCAAGGCCAAGGAGCUGUUUUUGCUGUGUGACAAGGAGGGGAAGGGCUUCAUCACGAAGCGGGAUAUGCAGAGGCUACAAGGGGAGUUGCCUCUGUCCCCUGAGCAGCUGGAGACCGUUUUUGAGAGUCUGGACAGAGAGAGCAAUGGAUUCCUCACUCCUGUUGAGUUUAAAACAGGAUUUGGUGAGUUUGUGGGGCUGGAUGAUACGACUGAGCUGAGUCCAGACGAAACAGAAGCAGAUACAGAGCAGGUGGACUGGUCCCAGGACCCCUCUGCACUCAGACUGGUGAACAUACUGACGGAGUUGGGCGCUGACAAAGUCUUUAAAGAUCAGCAGGAGCUCUCCUUUGUGUGGUGUGAACUCCAGAGAGACAGACCGGAGCUGCUGAGCAUCCUGGAGGGCGUCCUGAUCCACGCAGUGUCCCAUCUACAGGACUCCAUCAGAGAGAGAGACAGCCUGGAACAAGCUCUACGCAGACGUGAGAUCGAACAUGACCAGGUUGUUCGGUCCAUAAAUGAAGAAAUGGAAAACCAAAUCAGGGAGGAGAGAGAGAAACACCUGACUCAGGACAGUAUUGGAAAGAAGCAGAGAGGACAAGAACUUAAGGAGGAGCUGAAUAUGCGGGAGCAGGAGUUGGAGAAUACACUGACUAAACAGAAAGAGCUGGAGACCAGAAUCCGGCAGCUGAGCUGUGAACAGGUAAACAUCAAGGAGCAGAACCAGCAGCUGCAGAGCCUCAACGUGCAGCUGCAGGAGCAGGUGGAGAGCAGCCGGGAGCAGCUGCAGCUGGCCCUGGGUCAGCUCAACAUGAUGCAGCUCAGCACCGCACAGGAGCAAGUGUCCAAGCAGAGAAACGUGAUGAAGGUGUCGAGGAACAUGCAGAAAGAGAAGGAUAGUCUUUUCAAACAGCUGGAGCUGCUGAGGGACAUGAACAAAAGGCUGCGAGAUGAGAAAGACGCCCAGCAGUCUCAGAAGAGGAAUCCAAAUGUCACAAAGCCUUUGCGGAAGCAAGGGUCAGUCAUAGGUAACUACUUACUGCAAGACAAGCCAUUGAAAAGACAGCUGAGCUCAUCCCAUGAGCUGGAGCAGGGAAAAGAGACAGAAGUGACAAAUUCAUCCAAGAGACACCAACCGUCAUGUAGAGUCAGGUGUGAAAAUGUUGAGCAGGUGCAAACUCAGAGCACAAUUGUCAGUCCUCAGCGAGUGUUCAAGGUGGUAUUCCUUGGUAACUCAGGGGUGGGUAAAAGCUCCCUCAUCCAGCACUACUGCACAGGACACUUCUAUAGUAAAAUUAGCGCUACUGUAGGUAUAGAUUUCCAGAUGAAGACCCUGUCUCUGGGCUCCACCACCGUCACCCUGCAGCUGUGGGACACUGCAGGACAGGAGAGUGUGUUCAGGUUUAGCAGCAUCACUGAGCAGUACUACCGUAAAGCUGACGGUAUCCUUGCCAUGUAUGACGUGACUCAACCCUCCACCUUCACCGCUGUGAGAGGGUGGAUGGACUCUGUGAAGGAGAAGAUGUGUGAAGGUGCGGUUCUGAUGCUGCUGGGGAACAAGCUGGACCUGGCAGACACACACAGCAGAAGAGUGACCACAUCCGAGGGGCAGGGACUAGCAGAGCAGCACCAAGCUCUGUUCUACGAGUGCAGUGCUAAAAGUGGAUGUAACAUGGAGGAGCUGAUGACUCAUCUGGCUAGGUAUGGCAUCUUGUUUCUUUGCUGUCUGACAUCCACAUCUAGAGCCUGCAAAAUAUUUGUAUCUGCUGUGUUUGCAUUUUGUUGGUACACUCAAGCGUAGCAAAUCCUCACAAUCGAUAGACUGGAAUUAGAAAAUGUUUGUUGCUGAGUAUUCAUUUGAAUUACUAACUGUUUUAACACUUUUAACGAAUGUAUUCUACUAUAAUACAUAUAAAGGGGAUGUACCUGAUAAACUAGAAUCUGAGUGUAGUUUAUCUCCUAAUUUUAAUCAUAGACCAGACAUGGAGCAAUGCAACCGGAUCAGCAGUGUGAAUUACAAACCCAUUUUUAUUCUCAAAUGUUGUGGUUUCUGCUGCACAA